UUCAUCCCCAUCAUAUCCCAACGUUACCCAGUCGUAUCCACAUCCUAUAUAUAUUUGAGAUAUAUAAACUAGUUUCCUGAUCAUACAUAACCAUGUUGUCCCUUAAGUAUCUCAACCUGACGAAGGACCAGAUCCAAAAGCUUCAGCAGAUGCUGAAGGAGGAGAGCAAGGAUGCUCCCCAGCAGGAUGCCAAGGAGCCAUCGCCAAAGGACGACGAUCCGCAGCCAAGUCAAUCGAAGGCUGAGGCCAUAGCCCAGGCCCUGGGGAAUGUGCAGGUCUAUGUGGAGGCCGGAAAGCCAGAGGCCUUCGUUCAGCUGAAGCAGCCCCUGUUGCACAAGUUCGAGGUGACGCCCCAGGGAGUGGCCACCGGAUGCCCGGAAUCGGACAAAUUCAUUCGGGCGGACUCGGAGGAAAUCGCUCGCUGGCAGACGGACAAGGCGAUCAACUUGGAUCUUGUUACAAGAAAGGAAGCCGAGCAAUUUGGCAAGAUUCAAACAGACAAUCGCACCGGGGAAACGUACAUGAUAGUGCCCAUGGACAUAAACAUACUGUUCGAUAAAACCACCCUAAUGCCCGAUGUGGCCACGAAGACCAUCAGCGAGCACGAUGCCUACAAGGAGGAGACGGGACCGGGACACACCUUCUAUCUCUAUCACGAACUCGAGGGGCAUCCGUGCAAGCUGCCACAAGCUGCCCUGGAUCAGAAUCCCCACACCAGCCAGGUUGAGCCCGUUCCACCGGAGAAUCGGAUCGACUGGGACUACCACAUGCUCGAUUUCGAGGUGCCCCCCCUCAGUUUUCCCUUCGAACUCUCCUUUGACCCGGAUAUGGAUCGCUUGGUGGGCGGCGAAACGGAAACGGAAAUGGACAUGGAGGAGGAUAGAACGGACGAGGAUUCAGAAUGUCCAGAGCUAGACAUGCAACUAGUUUCUGAGGAUAUCAAUGAUCUCGAGGAGUUCCUUGAGGAUAUGGAGAUCUGAAAUGCAGACUCCAUCUCAGAAAAUAUGUUAUUACUAACCAAAUUAGAUCUCAAGCACCACCCUUUAAAACCCCUCGAUUACAAAGUUCGGUCCAACGCUGUAACUAAAUCUUUGCCUUAAAUUUGCCAUGUUUCAAAUUCAAAUAAAUUAUAUAGUUAAAAGUUAA